AUUCCUUGAUUGCACGUGCCUUGAAGUUGCACAUUUGUAAGGUCGAAUUCACCAGACUAUUGGUACGCUCGUUCAGCUCUCCAGGCACACAAGCGGCUGAGUUAUUUGCAUGCAGGUCAUAUAAGUAGGGUACUGUACCUUAAGUUGCACGGUACCACCUUAAGGACCCAGGCGCAGGGUUCCCGGAACAGGCCUCAGUUGAGAACUUGAGAGCUUGAGAUCGUCAAAGUUCAACUGCGUCAACGUCAGGCCCUGUCAUCGCCAUCACCACGAUGCAUCUCGCCAUGAAGCCGCUUCUGGCGGCGGCGUGUCUCGUAGCGGCCCUCGCCGAGACAGCAUUUGCCCAAGAAGACCAUCUUGUCAGCCGCCGCAAGCUCUCCAAGCGCUUCAUCGACGAGAAUGGCAACUACAACAUUUCCUUCUACCACAUCAACGACGUCCACGCCCAUCUCGACGAGUUCUCAUCCUCCGGAACUGACUGCACGCGUCCGGAGCGGGGCUGCUUCGGCGGCUAUGCCCGUGUCAAGACCGUCCUCAAGGAAACCCGGCCAUCACACCCGGAUUCCCUUCUCCUCAACGUAGGCGACGAGUUCCAGGGAACCAUGUUCUUCUCCUUCUACGGCGGCGAGAAGAUCGCCGAAGCGCUGAACCAGAUCGGCUUCGAUGCCAUGACUCUGGGAAACCAUGAAUUCGACCGUGGUGACGACCACCUGGGCGAGUUCCUCGAGAACCUCACCUUCCCCAUCGUCAGCGCAAACAUCUUCUCAGACCACCCCGUGCUAAACCGCACCAUCAAACCAUUUCACAUCUUCCCGCAAUACGAACUGGCCGUCAUCGGCGUAACCACCGAAACCACCCCCGGCAUCUCCUCCCCCGGCAAAGGCACCACAUUCACCGACCCUGUACAAGCCGUGCAAAACACGGUGGAUCUGAUCCGCUCCACCACAAACAUCACCCGCAUCGCGGCCAUCACACAUAUCGGUUAUGAAGAAGACCAACGGCUUGCCCGUGAAACCUCCGGGCUGCACCUGAUCAUGGGCGGCCACAGCCACACCCCGCUGGGGGAUUUCGCCGGUGCGGUAGGGCCGUACCCGACUAUUGUGGACAACAAGGAUGGUGAUGAGGUGUUUAUCGUCACGGCGUACCGCUGGGGGGAGUACCUGGGGUAUAUUGACGUGACGUAUGAUGCGGAUGGGAAGAUCCUGGCGUAUCAUGGUGCCCCGAUCCAUUUGACGAAUACGACUGAGCAGGACCCGGAGCUGCAGGCGCAGAUUGAUGCGUGGAGGGGUCCGUUUGAGGAGUAUGCUAAGCAGGAACUGGGGUAUAGCAAUGUGGUGCUGGACCAGACGACGUGUCAGCAGACGGAGUGCUUGUUGGGUGAUUUGGUUGCUGACGCCAUCCUGCAAUACCGCCUCAACAGCACCUCCCCCUCCGACCCCACCGCUCCAGCCUUUGCCAUCGUCAACGCAGGCGGCAUCCGCGCAACCAUCGACCAAGGGCCCAUCACCCGCGGCGAGGUGCUCACUGCCUUCCCCUUCAGCAACUCCGUAGUCGAAGUGACCAUGUCCGGGGACUUCCUCUGGUCUACACUCGAAGGCAUCAUUUCACGCGUGAAUGUCAAGAACGGCCGGCCGGUGACGAGCUUUCUGCAGGUCAGCCGUGGAGUCAAGAUUGAGUACACCGCUGCGUCGGGCAAUGCCACCAGUAAGCUGGUGAAGGUAACGAUUGGCGGGGAGCCGUUGGAUAGGGCGAAAGAGUACAAGAUUGUGACGAUUGACUUUUUGGCGGGGGGAGGAGAUAAUUUCUUUGAUCCCAAGUUUGAGAAUCUGGUCGUGCUGGAUACGGUCGAUGAGGUGUUGGUUGAUUAUAUCGGGGCUGUGUCGCCGGUGGAUAUUGCCCUGGAUGGGAGGUUGAGUGUUGUGAGGAGGUGUAAGGAGAGGGCGGCCAGGAAGAGGAUGGCGGCGGCUGCGAGUAUGCAGGGAGUUUGAUCGACACCUGUUGGAAUAGCGUGUAAACAGAGGGAAUAGAGGGCAUACAUGUAGUUUAGCAUAAGUUACUUAUACAUAAUGUAUCAGUAUGAGCCGCUUG